AUGGAGAACAGAAUCAAGAAUUUGGAGGAAGAGAUUAAAAAGGUUGAUGACAUGGUUAGUUCUGGUAUUUAUGACGGGACGGUGGAGGCUAGACGGAAGGCUCAUGUGACUUGUUGUGCGAAGUGGUACACCAGAAAAGAGGUUCAUUGGAAGCAGAUGUCUCGAUCACAACAUGCUAAAGAUAUGGACAAGAACACGAGGUACUUUCAUAACUUAACAUCAGGUAGAAGGAGGAACAACAGAAUCGACUCCCUGCUAAUAAAUAGAAGGCUGGACUAUGCUCCUUUGAUUGGGUUCCGUGAUGGGUUGGUCAAGCAAAUUGGUGAGGAAGAGGCAGCAGGGUUAGAGGUGAUGCCAUCGCCUGAGGAAAUACGACAGGCGGUCUGGGACUGUGAAUCCAGUAGGGCGCCGGGUUGUGAUGGAUAUAACAUGAACUUCAUCAAGAAAUGUUGGAGUGAGAUUGGCCAAGAGUUUACAGAAGCGGUGAUGAGAUUUUUCCAAAAUGCGAGGUUACCAACGGAUGCUAAUAUAACAUGGGUAUCGUUAGCUCCAAAAUUUGUGGGAGCUAAGGAAAUAAAAGACCUUCCUCCGAUUAGUAUGGUUGGUUGUGUGUAUAAGGUGAUAUCAAAAGUUUUGGUGAGAAGAAUGCGGGUAGUGAUGUCAAGAUUAGUGGGAGAGACUCAGUCGGUGUUUGUACAGAGCCGCAAAAUACAUGAUGGUGCACUUAUUGCUUGUGAGACAGUCCAAUGGCUGAAGUUGUGCAAGAAAAAGGCGGCAAUUGUUAAGUCAGAAUUUCAGAAAGUGUACGACAGGGUGAGAUGGAGCUUUGUGGAUAUCGUAUUACAGAAGAUGGGCUUUGGACUUAGAUAG